UCUCAUGUAUGUCUGCCUGUUGUUUGUCAUCUCAACAGCCUCUCUAAUGCAUUGUCUCAAAUUUCUUACCAAAUGCUGAAAAACGAAAUGUGCCAAACAUUUUUAGGAUGGAAUAUCACAAGCAGAUACAUACAUACUACGUAUACAUAUACAUACAUAGCAGCCAUUUUAUAGCGUGCACAAUUUUUAGACGCAGUUUAAAAAUUCUCUAAAAAGUAUUCAAAGUUUGCAUGUAAUUUGCAAUAAUGGAAGUUUUUAGUGUAAACUUGACCACCUUUGUAAUCAGAAUUAUUAUUUUUCUGACUUAUUGUCUCCACAAUGGAGCCGGUAGUGAGAGUUUGGCUGGAGCUGACAAGUUUCGUGGGGUUCGGAGCUGGAGAAAGAACACAAACUUUGAGAAUGCAGAUAAUUGGGAGGGUUUGGUGGAUGCGAAUUGUUCCUCAAAUAUUUUUUCAUUUCCGGGAUGGAUGGACACGACCGUGGUGUCUUGGCCAACGUUCUUUAUUGGGAAACAAAUCAUUUUGCCGUUGACCGGGCAUUUUGUAUUCCAACCAGGAGUCACCACUUUAUCUGAUAAGGGGAAAAGUGAUGGGAGUUGUCAACGAGCUCGAGAGGUAAAAUUUCGCCGGACAUCAAAAUCAGAUUGGUUCGAUCCCCGCAAUUGGGAUGUGACCAGUACUGAACUCGCAUGGGGUCAAAAUGCAAUUCCACACGUGGAGAGAGUGCCGUGCCAAUUCGAUGUUGCUAAAUUCUCCCCAAAUUCGACAUUUAGCAUUACCAUACCUCAAAAUGUCUCUGUUGGGAAGUUUUUAUUAGGGGAAAAGGUCAUUUCAUACACGGAUAUCGCAAUUAUGAUGACAUCACAAAUGGGAAAACUUCAAUGGAAAAAAGAGACCGAGGUUGAUUUCAACCUGACCAAUUUAGAUUGCAAAGAUGAUGAUGAUUCCUGCAUUUGCAAUAAUUACCAGUCUACAGUAAAGCAAAGGAUUUGUUCCCUUGCUCAAGCAGAAUGUUUAAAUCUUGACGAGGAGCACGAAGGAGGAUGUACAAACCCACUCACCCCUCACGGAUUCUGCUGCCCAAUUUGCGGAUUUCAUAUUAAAAUCAAACAUACUGGAUCACUGCAACUUGGAGCAAUUGACUCUCAAUUGAAAUCCAUCAGGCCGACCCCCUCAUCUCAAGUGGACUAUUUUGUGUCAAGGUUCAGUCGGAGAAAUGCCCACGUUAUUCUUGUGCCCGCUACAAAAGAUGCGACCGAAUCUGCACUUAACAUGUUGGGCCGAAUCGUAAUAUUUCUAAAGUCUCAGCCACAGGUCGAAGAAGUGACUUGGAUAGGGUCUUGGAAUCACGGACCUUCUGAUGUAGACAAAUGGACUUCAGAAGGGCUCGGUGGGGGAACAAUUACUUUCUUGGUCCUCCUGGCGAUCACUGCCCUUCUUGCCGUCUUUUGUUUCAUCUACUACAGGCAAAACGGAAGCUAUCCACGCCUGACACUCCCAACAAUCUCCAACCUUAUCCCAUCAAAUCUCUCCAUGCCCACGAUUCGCGUUCCCAGUAUGCAGAUGCCCAACAUCAACAUUAGUUUUCCAGGAAGGAGGGGCAGCACGCAGGCGGGUGGGAGGACGUUUGGCUUUGCGAGAUUUAGCAAUGAGCGCGUCUCGACCGUAAAUAUUGAGAGGAGCGCCGCAGAAACACCUGCGGAUGCCACCGUUGAAAGGGGAGAACUUGUUGACGACGCGAUUCAACGAAUCGAUUCUGCUUCAUUUCUUGAAGAAAAGGUCACUCAAGUUUCCCCAGACUCUGGAUUCACGAAUGUCACGUACGACCUGGUGGGUGUCCACGAGGGUACCAAUGAACCAGUGCAAUCUGGAAUGAUGGAAUUGGUUGGUGCCAGUGGGAGUGGGUCGCUGGGCGCCUUUGACGUUGAAGCCUCGCCACCCCCACCAAAACCAAUCAGGAUUGGCACUGGAAUCUUGGAAUUGAGGGAGCUGAGUGGGGUUUCAGCACUGGUUGAGCCUGUGUACAGUGAAGUGGUGGAUGCACUCCAUGUUGAUGUCCCACAGAAAUCUGGCAAAACCGAAGAGUAGGAGCAAAUUUUUACAGUUUCUACUUUUCGCUAAAAUGUAAGUAUGUAAGUGUGAAAAAUAAAUAAUGUUAUUAAAUCAA